ACCACCAUUUGUACCCUUCGGUCGCAGACAUGUGUUGAUAAGAAAAACCUUAUUUUAACGCGACCACGUGAAAUCGUUCACGGUCAUACAUCGUUUUUAAAUACAACACAAUCACUCAUAGAAAUCUAAAAUACGAUCGUGCUCACGAGGCCAAAUCCAACCAACACGAUACACGCGCAUGGUGUCGUCCCGAUGGGAUGCAGCGCUGCCUAAACAACAAGCGGGAAAUCUUGUAAGCCGACGACUCGUAAUUUUUUUUAGAAAAAGCAAAAAUGGUGGUGAAUGUGGCGGUUGUGCGGCAACAGCUUACGAAUUUGGCACAUUCCGGUGGCUCGCACAAGGAUCAAGCCGACAAAUAUCGAGCUUUUUUGGAAGCAACUCUACUGUCAUCGUCCGGUGACGAGCUGGUUGACACUUUGAAACUCUUCAUCGAAGCUAUUGUAAAUGAAAAUGUGAGUCUCGUCAUCUCAAGACAAGUACUAACCGACGUCAGUGGUCGAUUGUUGUUACUACCUGAUGAAAUUUCCAAAGCAGUCUCUCAUUACACAUUGGACAAGGUUCAACCUAGAGUUAUUUCGUUUGAGGAACAAGUUGCCAGUAUUAGACAACAUUUGUCCGCUAUUUAUGAAAGGAAUCAAGAUUGGAGACAAGCUGCUAAUGUUUUGGUUGGGAUCCCCCUGGAAACAGGACAAAAACAAUACUCCGUUGAUUAUAAACUGGAGACAUAUUUAAAGAUUGCAAGGCUUUAUUUGGAAGAUGAUGAUCCAGUUCAAGCAGAAGCUUUCAUCAAUAGAGCGUCUUUGUUGCAGGCAGAGUCCAAGAACGAACAACUGCAAAUUUACUACAAAGUAUGCUAUGCAAGGGUUUUGGAUUACAGGAGAAAAUUUAUCGAAGCUGCCCAGAGAUACAACGAAUUGUCUUACAGAUCUAUAAUUCACGAGGAUGAACGAAUGACUGCACUGAGGAAUGCUCUCAUUUGUACAAUACUUGCUUCUGCUGGACAGCAGAGAAGUCGAAUGCUGGCGACCCUAUUCAAGGACGAGAGAUGCCAACAGUUACCGGCGUACUCGAUCCUCGAGAAAAUGUAUCUAGAUCGUAUAAUUCGGCGUUCCGAACUUCAAGAAUUCGAGGCAUUGUUGCAGCCUCAUCAAAAAGCUUGUACUACCGACGGUCUCGGUUCGACGAUCCUCGAUCGCGCCGUUAUCGAGCACAAUCUUUUAUCGGCUAGUAAACUCUACAACAACAUAACGUUCGAGGAGUUGGGAGCGUUGUUAGAAAUACCGCCUGUGAAUGCCGAAAAAAUAGCCAGCCAGAUGAUCACGGAAAGUCGAAUGAAUGGAUACAUCGAUCAGAUCGAUUCGAUCGUACAUUUCGAAACUCGAGAAAUUUUGCCGACUUGGGACAAGCAAAUCCAAUCUCUCUGUUAUCAAGUAAAUCAAAUAAUCGAAAAAAUCGCGCAAACCGAACCAGAGUGGAUCGCGAAAGCAACCGAGGAUCAGAUGGUCCAUUAAUGUUUUUUUCACAACCCACUGACUUUCAGUUGGAAUUCCUCGUCCCAUGAUUCUUUUAUCAACUGAAAAAUACCCGAAGCAGCGGAUUUCGCUUCUUUCCUUUCGAAUGGUUUUCUAUAAGAAAAACAAAUGUUUGGUAAGAAAAAGUUAUAGUAACAUCAAGGGCGUGGUGUAGAAAACUAGGGCGAAGUCAGCUUUACGAAAAGCUCAAAAGAAAAGUACUAGGGAAGUGAUGAAAAAACAUCGCUUGAAAAGGGAAUGGUGUGCCGAUAAUCAGUGAAUCCCUCAGGUUCUGUUUGCAUGUAAAUAAAACGACUAUAAACACGCUUAACAUAA